AUAGCAUAUACGUAGUAUACAUGAAUUAAGAAAUCAGGGUUAGGCUUCUAAUAUAAUAAACUAAGUCGAUACGGUAAAUGUGUCACCGAAGCCAGUACUAUUUUGUUAGUCUACCAAGCAGGUGGCAGCUUCUCAAAAUGAGUCCUCAAGAAAUGUACAAUUACGUAGGCGACGGCCCAAAUGGUGUCAUAAAAUACGUCAGCCUUACCGACGACAGAGUAGAAGAGGCCAUCGCGGUGCAACAAUGCUCCAUGUACCAGGAGUGCAUUGCUUUAGGCGUAGACAUGUACGGUGAGACUGGCGCAGCGAAAGAGAUGCAGAUCGUCUUCAGGGAAGUCAUCAAAGAUGGCUGUAGUGUCGUAGCAAUAGACGUCAAUACCGACCGAGUGAUAGCAGUAGCGUUCAACAAGUUACACAUGGCAUUGACGAAUGGGAGAAAGGAUCCACUGGAAAUAUUCGUGGAGAACAAUAUAAAAUACAAAGCUUGCUUGGGACUGAUAAAUUUUUUGGGCAACAUCGAAUCCAGUGUUGAUCUGUUCAAAAAGUACGAUGUGUCUAGUACGAUGGAGAUCUUCUACGUAGGCACGGACCCCAGGUAUCGAGGUUGCUCAAUUGGUCAGAGAGUGGUUGAAGCUUCCUUGGCAUUGGCGCGUUGCAUUCGUAAUAAGAAAUGCGGUAAAACUCCCAUAGGGAAGGAAUUGACUAAUCGUCACACAAUUCCCGAAGUUGCCUUUGGCGUCUUCACGUCGGAGUACAGUCAGAGAAUAGCUGCGAAAUUAAACUUUGAAUGGUUAACGACUGUGUAUUACGAGCAGUAUUAUUACGAGGGUAAAAAAUUCUCAGAUAGAAUCGGAGAUAUUCAUAAAACGGCUAGACUGGGGGCAAUUAGAUUAUGAUGCAAUUAAAUUUUUGUUGUCACAAAAAAUAUUGCUGUUUUAACACCGAGCUAAAUAGGAGUGUUCAAAAAUUUGAAUUAAAUCGUAUUAUGGUAUAAAAUGAAGCCAGUGUUAAGUGAUAAUUUUGAACAGUUUAACACACUGUGUGGUUAUUCAGCCCACAGACACCACUUGAAGUUAAAGCGCCCAUAUGAUUCUUAUAAUAAAACCACAUUCAAGUUGUGCGUUUGGGCGGAAAAACUAGGCACAUGUAUAUGUAUGUAUACAUAUAGUUAGAUAAUAAAGAGUUAUAGCUUAGAUCGUGGCACUCGAUUAAUCUCGAUAGACUCAAAAUCAAUUAUCUAUAUAAUAUAUCCAAAUUAAUAUAUAUGGAGAAGAAAAAGAGUAUAUAAGGAAGCAUUGCGAAAAGGAUACGAAAUUUUAAAUCGAAAAAUAACCUAAUAAUUCACGCACAUCAUUUAAGAUUGGCUUGUGUAAUAAUCGAGACGGUAUAUCGAUUAUGUCUUUUUUAUACAAUUAUAUUAAUACACAUAGAGAAUGAAUUAUAUAUUAAAACGAGUAAGUAUACGUUAUAAUUGAGCACACUGAUUAAAGUAUACAGAAAGACAGUAAACUUAAUAAUAAAUAUAUAUAUAUAAUAACGAUAUAACUGCAAUAUAAUAAAUUGAUAAAUUCUAUUCAACAUAACAAAUAUGUACCAUAAGACAUAUUGUACGAAUACGCUUGCCUCUAGAAAUUAAUUUUCUAAGAACGCCUUAUCGUCGCCGCCAUCUUUUAUUCUUAAAAUUGAUGUCAGCGUCCACGAAACUUUGAACAAGUGUUUUUCUAAUCCUAAGCAUACUUGCGCAUUGGCUAUUAAAAGCCACUUAUUAUAUUAAAUCGGCCAUUUUGUUAUCCGGUAUGGCGUUAAGAAUUACGAAACGUCUUUGGCCGUUAUAUGAAUAUGUCAAAAUUACAAAGCCCACAGGUCCUCGAAUACGUUAAAUACCAUACCAUACGUUAAAUAUAAUGACACGUACAGACGUCAUUUGUAUAUUGACAGCAACAGAAUAAAUGUAAAAAUAACAAAUGACAUUUUGUGCUAGAAAAUAUAUAUGCGUAUCCUAGGAUCGAUUUGCGAUUUUCUUUUACCGCCGGAGGACAAGAAUUAAUUAUUUAUCGAUCAACUUUACAACGAUUCAACAACUUUUAACAUCGAGUCUAGGAAUUAUUUGCUUAUUCUUUUCGUUUCUUCGUCCAUCUUGUUAUGGACGAUACGUUACAGUAAAGAUUGUGGAUUGGCGUGUUA